GUUCACUGCAUCAGCACGGAGUUCACCAUGCGGAAGCACGGAGGGGAGAAGGGCGUUCCCUUUCGGGUCCAGAUCGACACGUUCAAGGAGAACGAGAACGGGGAGUACACGGAGCACCUGCACUCUGCCAGCUGCCAGAUCAAGGUCUUCAAGCCCAAAGGAGCUGAUCGGAAGCAAAAGACGGACAGGGAAAAGAUGGAGAAGCGGACACCCCACGAGAAAGAGAAGUACCAGCCCUCCUACGAAACAACGAUACUCACCGAGUGUUCUCCCUGGCCAGAGAUAACGUACGUCAAUAACGCGCCAUCGCCCGGCUUCAACAGCUCCCACAGCAGUUUCACCAUCGGUGAAGGCAAUGGGUCUCCAAACCAUCAGCCCGAGCCCCCGUCUCCGAUCGCAGAUAACCUCCUGCCCACCAGCACGCCGCAGGAGGCCCAGCAGUGGCUGCACCGAAACCGCUUCUCCACUUUUGCUCAGCUUUUCAGGAACUUCUCAGGUGCGGACUUGCUGAAGCUGACCAGGGAGGACGUCAUCCAGAUCUGCGGCCCCGCCGAUGGCAUCAGGCUCUUCAACGCGUUAAAAGGACGGAUGGUGCGGCCCCGACUCACCAUCUACGUGUGCCAGGAAUCCCAGCAGCUGAGGGACCUCCAGCAGAAACACGAGGACGGGGACGCAGUAACCAGUACUUUUUUUGUGUACCACGCCAUUUAUCUGGAGGAGCUGACGGCCGUGGAGCUGACGGAGAAGCUGGCGCAGCUCUUCAGCAUCUCUUCCCAGCAGAUCAGCCAGAUCUACAAGCAAGGCCCGACGGGGAUACACGUGCUCAUCAGCGAUGAGAUGAUACAGAACUUCCAAGACGAAUCCUGUUUCGUUCUGGACACCAUGAAAGCUGAAACCAAUGAUAGCUACCACAUCAUCUUAAAAUAG